AUGGCUGCCGCAGCGCGAAGUGACCAUGCGCGCAUCUACGGCGAGCAUCUGCUGGGCGGGGUCAGGGAGGAGAGUCUGGCCGAGCAACAGAUGCGCAAUAUGCGCCGCUGGGCAUAA